AUGCUCUCUAGAGCUCAGCAGCUGGAGAGAAACAUUGGCUAAGGAUGGUCAAAGCUGGGAAGGGAAAAGGCAAGGAGGGAGAAGGAUGAAGUGAAAAGAGCUAGCAGCCACACUGGAGAGCAUAAACAGUCUGCUGACCUCUGAUGCAUGAGGGAUGAAGAAAACAGACUGUGAUUGACUAUGUGGACCAUCUGGGUGUUCUUCUGGAUUUCAGCUGUCCCGAUCAAAGCUAUUCCACCUGUCUGUGACCUUCUGAGCGUCCUGAAAAGGGAGGAAGAAAGGUGUGUGGAGACUCUUUCCCUGGAGGCAAGGAACAGAACGACUGAAAAUGAUCUGCUCCUGAGCUCAGGCAGAUGUGCUGGAAUGUGGGACAACAUGAGCUGCUGGCCUUCAUCCACUGUGGGACAGACUGUCAAUGCUCACUGCCCUGAAUUCUUUCAGAUGCUGACUGGGAAAAAAGGUUUUGUGUACCGAAACUGUACAAGUGAGGGCUGGUCAGAGCCGUACCCAAGACCUGACAUUGCUUGUGGCUACAAUGUCAACGACACCACCAACGAGGCCAGACGUUCCUAUUUCAUGACCCUGAAGACCAUGUACACCAUCGGAUACUGCACCUCUCUCGUGACAUUGAUGAUAGCCUUGGUGGUCCUGGCUUCCUUUAGAAGGCUUCGCUGUACAAGGAACUACAUCCACAUGCACCUCUUCACGUCAUUCAUUUUGCGAGCCUCAUCCAACUUCAUCAAGGAUGUUGUCCUGUUUUCCUCUGAGGACACAAAUUACUGUGGGGCAUACACGGCUGGCUGUAAGCUCACCAUGGUCUUCUUUCAAUAUUGCAUCAUGUCUAACUACAGCUGGCUCCUCGUGGAAGGGCUGUACCUCCACACUCUCCUGGUGAUUUCCUUCUUCUCGGAAAGGAAGUUCCUCUGCUGGUUCAUCGCCCUCGGAUGGGGUGCCCCAAUGGUGUUUGUGGCUGCAUGGGCGACUGCUCGGCAGCUCCAUGAAAAUAUUGGGUGUUGGGACAUUAACACUGAUGCCAAUACCUGGUGGAUCAUUAGAGGCCCCAUAGUUGUGUCUAUAUUUAUUAAUUUCAUUCUCUUUGUCAACAUUUUAAGAAUCCUGAUGAGGAAGCUCAGCUCCCCCGAAAAACGGAGCAGUGAUUUCAACCAAUACAAGAGACUUGCAAAGUCAACACUCCUCCUCAUCCCUCUCUUUGGGGUCCACUAUAUCAUCUUUGCUUUUUUCCCUGAGGAUGCAAGCAGCGGCACAAUGGAAAUUCAGCUGUUUUUUGAAUUGGCUCUUGGAUCAUUCCAGGGCUUUGUUGUGGCUGUACUUUAUUGUUUUCUUAAUGGUGAGGUUCAGCUGGAAGUUCAGAGAAAGUGGAGGCAGUGGCAUUUAAGCAAGCACUGGCGACAGCAUCUCAGCACGUCAGCGAGUAACGGAGGAAGCGGCUUGACCCAAGAGAUGCAGAUGGUGAGGUCCAGCCCGGCAGAGCACAGGAGAGGAACCCUCCAAAGGUCAAGUGUGCUUUAACUCUGUGCACCUGAGGGUACCUCCACGCUCAGAUACACAUGGCUGAGUCCCAUGGACUGAGCUGGGAGUCCUGUGUCCAUGUCCAAAGCGGGACUUGGCUGUGGAUCAGCGGCUCUUGGAGCACAUCUGUUUGUGUAUAUCCUGUGCAGCACCAUGGUUAUUUUGCAAAGCAAAAUGGGCCAAAAUAUUAUGCUCUUCCUUGA